CGCCCGCCCGCGCGCUCGCGGUCCUCUGCUGCCGGCCAGCGGGUGGCGCGGUGGUUGGGGCGUUAUCAUCUUGCGCCGCGUAUGCCGCUCCUGCUCUAGGCGUUCUCGGCGUAGCUUCUUACCGGGAAGCGGAACGAACGGUGAGAACGCCCUGCUGCGUAAAUGGGUAAAAUCGGCGUAAAGCUCGUGAUCCGGCGCUGCGGGCCUUCUUGAAGAAAGCGGUCGGGUAAACGAACGUUAGUCUCCGAGGCAACGGUGUAUUAAUUGCAUUUAGUCUUAUAGCUGCAGCUUUUCUCCACUUCUGAUGUUGCGCUGAUUUACCCAUUUGUGCUGGAGCGAUUUAAGGUAAGCACCUUGAUCAGGGGCACUACGGCAGCGGGCGGGAUUCGAACCCGGUUCCUUGGGUCCAAAGGCUGCGAUCGCUGCGCUGCCUGACCCCCCCCUUGAGGGUCUGUCCCUGGCUGCGGCGCGGUUCCAUGCGCCGUACGGCACGCGUGUGUUUGACGCUGAAAUUCAUCUGUUGACAAGUUGGGUCCCUUUUGCUUGCGCGAUUUUAUGAUGAUGAUCGGAAGCAGCCGCGGGGAGCGUCGCCUAACGGACGGAGGUCAGCGAGGGUCGUGGUGCGGACCGUGUUGCUUUCGUCGCGUUCAAACCGCAUGUACGUGGAAGGCGUGAAGGAUGGACCGAGAGCCAAGUCAGACCUAGGAAACGCACACGCUUGGAACACACUCAUAGGGUCCUGCGAUACCUUCGCGCCCAUCUCCCUAUGCGCCGCGUCGGGGUCUUUAUUGUCACGUACGUCACGCCCGACCUACCAGCGCUGCUUUGUCAGUGUUGUGGUAAAAAUUGCCACGGUAAGUUGAGUGAUAGUUCCACGUGUUGCAGAAUUUGAAACCUGCGCGCUUAUCUGGCGGAACGGCAAGAACUUUCCGCGAGCGAAGCGCGGAGCGAGUCGGCUCAUCGCGUCCUCCCCUUCGCCGCCGCCUCUCUGGUCCCAGGUCGAUUUGGUUACCUUUCCCUCUAGGCGUGUUACCAUUGCUGGAAGAUGCGGUGUUUAUGUUUACUUUGCUUUACCACGUUGCGGUAGACCUGUUAGGGAGUAAUUUAUGGAGAGUGACGUCGGUUGGGGAAAUGUCAAACUCGAUGGGCGCGAUCGGGCAGAACUCGCGGUGCUAAAAUUAACAAGGUGGGAGGUGGAGCCGCGGUGCGUCGGGACGCCGUUCGGAGCCUCGUCCGCAUUUAGAACGCGGCAUCGGGUCGAGAACGCCGCGGUCCGCUGGUGCACCCUGUCCUUGUUUGACAUGCAGGGGAUGAUGAUAUAUCGGCGUUUUAAGAGGACGCCGGAGGACCGUGUGUCUGGGGAGGGGGGGGUGUCAGAGUGACUCGGGUUCACAGGCAUCCGUAUCAGCUUUGCGUAACUAACCAUCUGCAAUGGACCGGUGUCCCAUCCAGGGUAUACCCUGCUUGGCCUCGUGCCAGCAGCUUCCGGGAUAGCCUCUGGACCACCGUGACCCGGACGGUCAGCGAGAGGAGGAGAGCGAGCGAGGUUCGACCGACGGGUUGCUGCACGUGUGAAGCCUGUAGCCCCAACGUGCUGCGGGAGUGAUUCAGGAACCAGGAUGCCCCCGUCAGCUGGCACUCGACGUCCCGCCAGUGCGACGGCAGAGAUUGCGACUGUCCAACAGGAACCGCGCUUCUUGUGUCCUCUGGGCAACUUUUGGUUCGUCUUUUUUCCGUCUGCAAGGAGGUCGCCGGUAAACCGGGUGACGUCAGCAUUUGAAUUGCCCCUCCAGGGGGCUGACUGCCGCUGGCUCUUCCCCCUGUGUCGUGUUCAGUGACGCCCGCGGUGUCUCUUUGUCACCGGCGUCACGGUGGCACCACGAUUGGAUGAAUGUGGCACGCGCACCUGGGGCUGUCUGCUGGUGAACCCUCUGAAUCCCAGAGCCGGGUGCGACUGGUGAAGUCAGUGCUGAACAUACGGGGUGCUCACCUGUGUUGUGUGUGUGUGGGUGGGAGAGAGACAUGAACCUCACAUUUGUCCAAGAGUGGAAAACACAGUGAAGUACCACAGUAUUAAAUGUACUGGCUCGGUAGUUACGCAUGUGACAUCAAGGCUAGAUAUGUGUGGGGUCAGCUGUCUGGAGGGACUCUUAACACCAUAUCGCUUACGGUUGGGCAAUGUUUGAGUCGUUGCUCUGAUGUGUUCCUGUUUUUGCGUGUGUGUGUGUAAGGUCAUCUUGGAGUGGAAAUGAAAAGGGCAUGAAACUUUAAUAUCCAGUGGACGCGAAGAUCCUCAAGGUUCUUUCUUCUGACUUUGAUGUGGUGGAAUGUAUUCCCUCUGUCACUCAGAGCUGCUGAGUCCUUCUCACCAUUCAAGAAAUGUCUCAAAACAAAACUUCUCGCACCCGCUUUCCUCCUGAUCACCUGUCUGCCCAGUAAACUCGCGCAACAAUAUCAAAAAAAAAAAAAAAAAAUGCCCCCGUCAUUUCUAUACGCAGGUACUUGUGUAAAGUGCAGCGCAAAAACCGUGGCAUUGGUCUAAUUGAUUGUACUUUAAGAAUCGCAUGUCUGCAUCAUUAUUUUUGUCUGUUGGUGAAAUCCAUCGCUGUUUACUUUGAGUUCGAUGUCACUAUGGAGAAACGCACCUGCUGUUAAAUAAAUAAAUGUGAAUGUAAGCAUGGGGGGAGGCGGGGGGGCGGGGGGGUCCCGCUACACGUUUCACCGUGGCAGCACUUAACUGAUUGUUUCGUGACCAGAGACGGAGGAGGGACGACGGAGCUAUAGAUCCUGGUUAACGCGUUUUGUUGGCUUCAUCGCACCGCCUGUCUGAGGAGGGCUGCUGUAGAAAACUCCGGAAAGGUGGCCAUCAAGUCCAUCCGCAAGGAGAGGAUCAAGGACGAGCAGGACAUGGUGCACAUCCGCCGCGAGAUCGAGAUCAUGUCCUCGCUCAAGCACCCCCACAUCAUCGCCAUCUACGAAGUGUUCGAGAACAAGGACAAGAUCGUGAUCGUUAUGGAGUACGCCAGCAAGGGCGAGCUGUACGACUACAUCAGCGAGCGACGGCGGCUCGGCGAGCGCGAGACGCGCCGCUUCUUCAGGCAGAUCGUCUCCGCCGUGCACCACUGUCACAAGAACGGCAUCGUGCACAGGGAUCUGAAACUGGAAAACGUGCUGCUGGACGAAAACUGCAACAUUAAGAUCGCCGAUUUUGGCCUCUCCAACCGCUACCACGGAGACAAGCUCCUGCAGACGUUCUGCGGCAGCCCGCUCUACGCCUCUCCCGAGAUCGUCAACGGGAGGCCGUACCGCGGUCCGGAGGUGGACAGCUGGGCCUUGGGCGUGCUCCUCUACACGCUCGUCUACGGGACCAUGCCGUUCGAUGGGGGGAAUCACAAGAACCUCAUCCGCCAGAUCAGCAACGGGGAGUACCGGGAGCCCACGCAGUCGUCAGACGCACGUGGUCUCAUCCGCUGGAUGCUGAUGGUAAACCCGGAGCGGCGCGCCACGGUGGAGGAUAUUGCCAACCACUGGUGGGUCAACUGGGGCUGGAAGACGAGCGUGUGCGACUGCGAAGCGCAGCGGGACGCCGGCUCUCCGAUGCUGGCCCGACUCCUCGACUGGCAAAACCGCAGCGAGCCCCGCGCCGCCAGAAGCGCCCGCCCCGACCCGCCUCGGCCCGCGUUCGUCCGACAGCGCUCGAAGAAGUCCAAGAAGGAGAACGACGCAGGCGUGUCCCCGGGGGGAGAGGAUGACAAACCGGGGCUGAAGAGGCCGAAGGGAAUCCUGAAGACCAGGCCGGGCGGAGACCAGUGCUCCCGCAGCCUGGGCGAGCUGGAGCCGGGGGCGGGCCUGCGCGCGCGGGACGCCGAGCCGUGCUCCAGCCCCGAGCGGGACGAAGAUGAGGGAGAAGAGGAAGAGGUGGCCUUGGCUGGUGGUUCGCCUGCGAAAAUGGUGCCCACCCUCCCGAAGAAGGGCAUCCUGAAGAACAGCCAGCAGCGGGAAUCGGGCUACUACUCUUCCCCCGAGCGCAGCGAGUCUGCUGAGCUCCUGGGGGGCACCGCGCUCACCCUAGCGGCUAGCUCGCCGUCUAAGAGGAUGACCGGCAGGAAGGGUAUCCUCAAACGCAACGGAAAGUACUCCACCUACAGCGGUCUGCCUGCCGCGGGGGUCCCCGGGGAGCCUCCCGCGGGGGACUCGGGCCUUUCCCGUAGCCAGAGCCGGCCCUCCAGCAUAGCGGGCGACGACGGCGGCGGCGUUUCCAGCACGUCCUUCGGCGGGCCGGACUGGCCCCCCGCCGCCCCUCGGCCCAGCAUCAGGGCUUGCGUCUCGGCCGAGAACCUGCUCCAGAUGUCCGGCUUCAGGGGCCUCCAGGCCGCGCCGUCCCUCCACGGAGGCAAGCUGAACCGUGGGGCCCGGGGAUCCCCGGGCGACAAUGGCAGCUUUUCCCUGCUGGGUGACCUGGAAGACAUGACCCAGGUGUACCAGCAGGCCCUGGACAUCGGCAGCAGCCUGGCCUAGCGGACGGCGGAGGCGACGAGGGGCGGCUGGGGUGUGUGCGCGCGCGAGUGCGUCUGUGUGCGUGCACGUGCUCGUGACGCACGCAGUUGGU